AGCAGCGCGAGGCACGUAACGUUAGAGCGGCAGAAGAGAAGAGUCCCGCACCGACCCGCAUCAGUGUGAACAGAACAAGUCAUUAUGAACAGCAUGAAGAGUCUGAUGAGAGGCGUCAGCCGAGUGACGCCCUCCCUAACCCGCGCAGUGCAUUCUGGGAUGCGCACAUCCUCCUCUGCAGCCUCCAGAGCUAAAACACAGGAGCGUCCGAUGACGUCAGAGGAGGUGUUCGCCCGCGAGGACCGAUAUGGCGCUCACAACUACCACCCGCUGCCUGUCGCCCUGGAGAGAGGAGAAGGGGUUCACAUGUGGGAUGUUGAGGGCCGCAGGUACUUUGACUUUCUGAGCGCCUACAGUGCAGUAAACCAGGGUCACUGCCACCCCAAGAUCAUUGCGGCGCUGACGGCUCAGGCAUCCAGACUCACACUCACAUCCAGAGCCUUCUACAACGACAUCCUGGGCGCCUACGAGCAGUACAUCACCGGCCUGUUCGGAUACGAUAAAGUGCUGCCUAUGAACACUGGUGUGGAGGGUGGAGAGACGGCUUGUAAACUGGCCCGAAAGUGGGCGUACAGUGUCAAGGGCAUCCCUAAAUAUGAGGCCAAGAUAGUUUUUGCAGCUGGGAAUUUCUGGGGUCGUACGAUGGCGGCUAUUUCCAGCUCGACGGACCCCAGCAGUUAUGAUGGUUUCGGGCCCUUUAUGCCUGGAUUUGAGCUGGUGCCGUAUAAUGACAUUCCUGCACUAGAGAAAGCACUACAGGAUCCACAUGUGGCUGCGUUUAUGGUGGAGCCCAUCCAGGGUGAAGCGGGUGUCGUCGUUCCUGAUGCCGGAUACCUGCAAAAAGUCCGGGAACUCUGUACUAAAUACAAUGUUCUGUUCAUUGCUGAUGAGGUUCAGACGGGUUUGUGUCGCACUGGCCGCCGGCUGGCUGUGGACCACGAGGCUGUGCGGCCAGAUCUGGUGAUUCUGGGUAAAGCUCUGUCAGGAGGAGUAUAUCCUGUGUCUGCAGUUCUGUGUGAUGAUGAAGUGAUGCUGACCAUCAAACCCGGAGAACACGGAUCCACAUAUGGAGGAAACCCUCUGGCUUGCCGUGUCGCCAUCGCUGCUCUGGAGGUUCUGGAGGAGGAGAAUCUGGCUGCGAAUGCUGAGCGUAUGGGGCAGAUCCUGAGAGCCGAACUCAACAAACUGCCCCGAGAGAUCGUGAGCGGCGUCCGAGGAAAGGGCCUUCUGAACGCCAUCAUCAUCAAAGAGACUAAAGACUAUGACGCCUGGCAGGUGUGUCUGCGUCUCCGUGACAACGGACUGCUGGCCAAACCCACUCACGGUGACAUCAUCAGACUGGCCCCGCCCCUCACCAUCAACGAGCAGGAGGUCAGGGAGUGCGUGGAGAUCAUCAGCAGGACAAUCCUCUCCUUCUGAAGACUCCGACUGAAGAUUUCAGCUGCUUUUAGGCUUCUUUUAUCCCGCGUAGUGCUGCUGUUACUCUGAUCCUACUUCUAGCGCUUUCAGUUGCUCAUUCGUCCUGUUUGUCUGUCAUUCUCAGCUGAUUGUGAGGCUCCAGAGUAGUGUGCUGCUUCCCAAUUCGCAUGCUAUCCAUCCUAAAUAGUAUUCAGAAAUAUUAAUAGUGUGUUCCAAUUUAUAUUAUGGUGGAAAGAAUAUUCCUGGAUGAAACAUUAUUAUUAUUAUGUAUAUAAUAUAUUUUUAUUAUUAUUAUUAUAAGUUCACACUCUUAUUGGCUAAUAUUAACAAGAAUGCAUUUGAUGUUGGUCGUGAAUUCGAUUAUAACUACAAACACAGGUCAAGAAUGUUGAAAAACUACAAACAUGGCCGAUUACGAAGACUGAUGGUGACGUAAAGAGUCUUUUGUUAGGAUGUUUGAAUGAUUCUUAAUUAUUAAUAUCUAAUCCUCUAAAAUAUAUUUAUUUUAACAUUUAUAUUUCAUCGCCAACAACUUCUGAACUUCUGUUGGACGCGAAUUCGAUUAGAACUACAAAUACAGGUUAAACUGUGUUAAAAAACUACAAACAUGGCCGAUUACACAAGAUCGAUGCUUAAGUAAAGAGUCUUUUGUUAGGAUGUUGGAAUGAUUCUUACUUAUUAAUAUCUAAUCUUCUGAAAUAUAUUUAUUUUAACAUUUAUAUUUAAUCUCCAACAAUGUCUGAACUUUUGAUGAACGUGAUUUCGAUUAGAACUACAAACACAGGAUAAACAGUGUUGAGAAACUACAAACAAGGCCGAUCACACAAGACGGAUGGUUAAGUGGAGAGAGUCUUUGGUAUAGAUGUUUGAAUGGAUCUUAAUUAAUAUCUGACCUAUGUAUUAAUAUAAUAUAAUAUGAAUAUAUAUAUUUAUUUUAAUCUCCAACAACCUCUGAAUGCAUAAUUAUGCAAAUUUGAGAUUGUUCUGCAUCUCCAAUAUGAUACAGUAGGACACUAAAUAUGAAAGAGAUGUGGAUGAUGUGACCAGAUGAUUGACAUUGUAACUAGGCAACAGAACAGUUAAUUAAUGAGGACGUAGUAUGUCUCAAAGCUUGCACAGGUUAGGUCUAGAUGGGAUACAGCUGUGGAUACUCACAUCAUUAAUUAAUUUUCCU